AUGGCUCAGGAUAAGGUGGAGGAGACAAGUGAGUUACAAUGGAGCUUAUUAUGCCGCGAAGAAUUUUCCCAAGUGAAUGGAAUUAUUCUUCAAAAGAAAGUAUGCGAUUGCUGGGAUAAGAUCUGGAACUUCCAAGCCAAGCCUGAUGACCUGCUCAUUGCUUCUUACCCCAAAGCAGGAACCACUUGGACACAGGAAAUUGUAGAUCUGAUACAAAAUGAUGGAGAUAUUGAGAAGAGCAGGCGUGCUCCCAUUCAACUUCGACAACCUUUCCUGGACUGGAUAAAAAUGACGUACUGGGGGAUUGACCAGGCUAACGUGAUGCCUUCCCCAAGGACCCUGAAAACUCAUCUUCCUGUACAACUACUGCCUCCAUCUUUCUGGGAGGAAAACUGUAAGAUAAUCUAUGUGGCAAGAAAUCCCAAGGACAACCUGGUGUCCUACUACCAUUUUCAAAGGAUGAACAAAUCACUCCCUGACCCAGGAAGCUGGGAUGAGUACGUUGAAACAGUCCUGACAGGCAACGUGGUAUGGGGGUCCUGGUUUGACCACGUGAAAGGCUGGUGGAAGAAGAAAGACAGUCACCCUAUUCUUUACAUUUUCUAUGAAGAUAUAAUGAAAGAUCCAAAAUGUGAAAUUAGAAAGAUAAUGGAAUUCCUUGGGAAGAACCUAAAAGAAGAGGUUCUGGACAAAAUUGUCUAUAAUACUUCAUUUGAUAUAAUGAAAAAGAACCCCACGACCAACUACUUAAAUGAAAUUACAAUGAAUCAUAAUCUCUCUCCAUUCUUAAGAAAAGGAGUCAUGGGAGAUUGGAAAAAUCAGUUCACUGAAGCUCAGAACAAGCAAUUUAAUGAAUACUAUGAGAAAAAUAUGGCUGACACUUCACUGUCAUUUUGCAUGGAACCCUAAAAAACACAGUGAGAGGAUAAAACCUAUUCUCUCACCAGCCUCUGUGAAGUGAAAGGGAAAUCUGAUUCCAAAUACCACUAAUGAUUUGUCUGACUCAGUGAAAGCGCUUUUAAACACCUUGAAUUUCUGACCUGCUUUUUGGAUUACCCACAAUCAAACUUGUUAUAAAAUUAUUUUCCUUACCAUUUUUCUUCCUUCUCCACAGAUUUUCAGGGUUUAUGUGAA